AAGGUGUGCGUGUAAAUAUGAUGGAGUAAUUAUCGGAGUUCAGACACGCCAACUUAAAUAUUUUAAGCAGUGGAUAAUCCGAAUAUGUUGUUGUAUUUAACCAUCUGCAGAAAUCAUUAGCUGCGUAGCCUUACAGGGGUGGUCCAAGUAUCGUUACAGGACAGAACAUCCGCGGGUUCAUGUAAGUUACUUGUCGAUUAAUUUAUGCUUUCCGUUUUAUAGUAUCGAUCAUGUUAACAACAGCCAUGCGUUCAGUUUCCAAAACAACAGGUAAUCGAACACGAAGCGAUCAAGCAUUGUUAAGUAUUUGCAAUCAGAACUUCAUCAAACAUUUGCGAAGUACCUAUCAUAAGUUAAUCUCUUCAGGCCUUUUACAGGUGCAAUUAAUAUGAAAUAAUCAAUGGUCAUACAUGGUUGACCAUUAUUAUCGUUCUAUCACUGUAAAAACGUUUAAAAAAUAUUGGUUUACAUUCACUAACGCUAGAUAGUCAACAGUUUUAUCGUACUGAAGAAAACUUUUUACGGGUAAUGAAUAGUUAUUUAAAGAGGGAAUAAAAACUUGAUGUAAAGCGAGUUUACAAUCAGUACAAGCUCAAAAUGUAGUUGUCGAGUUGAGAUCUGAUUUAAAACGUGAUAUGUGACAGAAAUUAAAAUGACAAUUUGAAAAGUAUUGGACAGGAAACGUUUUUGCAAGUCGUGUUAUUUGCCUUUUCGAAUUUAUCAUUCUGUGGUGGUCACGUGUUAUAUCUGUGGUGGAAAGCUUUUUCUAUGCUGUAGAGACUGAUGUCUAAAAUUUAACCUGUGUUUGAAUCCUAAAGUGGGUGCACCAUUUUUCAUUUGGUUAUAAUAAUUGGGACUUUAAAUAAUUUAAAAGUGAACAAAAAAGAAAAUAUUAAAAAACUCAUAAAGAACGAACAAAAUAAAAUUGCCUGAAAACAUAAGGGCAAUAUGAUUGAAAAUACUGAAAAAAAUACUAUAUAUCUCCAGAGUUUUGCAGCAUUUUUAAUCAUAUCUUCUGCUAAUCGUCUUAUAUUUUUAUUUACAUUUCUAUGUAUUCAACCGCCUGAAGGAAUAUCUAUCGGCGGUGCCGGAUGUUAAGCUCAAAACAUUUAGUAAUUUCUAUAUUUUCUAAAAAUUUGUUUUUAGUUGUCUUUUCUUUAUAGUUUUUUAAGUUUUGAAUGAGUUCAUAUAUGAUCUGAUAUUUACAACUCAUGAAUUGUUAACCAUGUAAAUGUUGCUUUAAGGUAAAAUUUGAAAAUCCGUGCAAAGUUAUUACAGGUGACAAAGAAAGCUGCCCAACGGCAGCUUGAAUAAACGACAAAUUGGGAAAAACGGCAGCAACAAACAUAUGCCGCAUUAACUUAUUUUCCUAGUUAAUAUAAUGGUGAGGUGAUUUUUCUAUAUAUACAUAUAUAUAUAUAUAUUUAGCUGAAACUCGACGUAUCUAAGUUCGUCAUACAAAGCCGAUAGUGGGGCGUUGUUAAUUAGACAUUGCACUGCGCACGAUCAAAAAAGGAAGGUCAUACAGUUGGUCUGUACUAAUAUAUAUAUAUGACAUAUAGAAAAUGUAAAAAAUAACACUAGACACAAGUAAACUUACGUUAUUGUUUAAUAAAAUCUAAUCGACGUUGGAUUUUGGAGAUUUUUUAUUUCACUAGAAACCGGUAUGGCUAAAACAGCAUAUGAAAAACAAUUUUCUCUAGAGAAGCGCGUUACUAAUCUUUAAAUUUUGACUAUGCAGCUCUUUAUAUGGGACUAUAUGAGCUAAGCAAGACACAGAAUCUUCGUAAAUAAAAUAAAAUAAUUUGAAUAGAUACAACUAAGUAGAGUCUUAUAAAGAGUCAUUUAAUAGAGUGCUAGAGAAAAAGGUAAUAGAUGCAUUUCUUUAGCGUUUUAUAUUAAGAGAGCAAUCCCCAUAGCAACAACACAAAGGCGGCUGUGAGAACGACGCAAUUUAGAUUGCAAGAAAAAGUAUUGUCACGCAGAAAACGGUACAUGCUUAAAUAUAAGUUCAAUUCAUGCAUAUUACUUUUAAAGCCUUUGUAAAGUUUGUAAAAAUGGGAUAUGUACACUAUUAUAUCCGCUAAAUUAUUUUUGCUAGAUGAAUUAAAGUUCUCCGAUUUAUUUUAUUACCUUGGAAUCUUCACUAGUUAUUAUGGCUAACGAGCUUCAAAAAAAUCAUGUAGAGUGAGUUUUUCAUCCACAUAUAAUUUGUAUAUAAAUUACAUUAAAUGUCUAACAUCUCUACCUACCGCAAAUUAUUAUCGUUCGUGACAAUAGACCGCUACAACGGUGGGCUAUAUAUUUAUAAGCUUCAAUGAAUUUCCAAAUUUUCUAGUGUCGUCAAUGUCUGGCGUAGACUUUGCCUUUAAGAUAUCAUUCGUAAAUUCAAGCAAUUACCACAAGUCACUGUAUCAUCGAAGAACAACGGUCCAAUAAAAUUACAGUGUGUGCAUAUAUAUAUAUAUAUAUAUAUAAUGAUUUUUAGUAACAUGAAAUACUAAUAUUUGCCGCAUGGUUGAGUGUUGCUAUGCUAAACGACGUUUCCAGCUUUCCAUUGCGCCGGAAGUGAUUGGCGUGCAUGCUCCCCUUGACAGUCCGUGCAGUAGCCACUGUUUCAUUUCUAGCCGAUUUCAAAUUUUUUUGCAAUAACAAACCAAUAUUUCAAUUUAGUUUCGACAUUAAGUUCGAUUGGGAAAUCCCAUAUGAGGCGACCUGGAUAACAAUGGCAUCACAUUUGGUUGUAACGGAAGAACUGUCAGAUUGAUAGCAAUCGUCUAAUUGAGUGUCACGGCUCCCAUGUUUGCUCGGUGCAAGCUUCGAAGUUCCAGUGUUACUAGGAUCUAUAUUACAAUCACAACGUUCUCUAAAUAUUGGUGUUGCAUGAGCGAAGUAGUUAGCCAGCAAUAACCUAGGUCCUUGUCAUCUUAAAGGCAAUAAAGGUUACUGUACCUAGUACGGCGCAAUAAAAACGAUUAAAGCAAGCUGCAUCCAUGAGUGCCAUGCAGCAACGUGUGCAACUUGCGGCUGUACUGGUAUUCUUUUGCCCAAUUAAAGCUGAGCUAUCCCAUCUCUCUGUGGAAGAGUUUCGCAACCGUGGUCAAGGUGGCGGUGUUCGAGGCGCUGUAGCAAACCCGGGUGCUUCUUCUAUGAUAGCAUCUACACCAGCUCAAAUGAUGCUCUUAAGCCUGAAAUUAGAGCCUGGACUUGAAGAUCAUAUUAAACAACAACCUUGUGUCAACCCCUACAGAAGUGUUCCCGUUUAUGGGUGGCGAUGGUUUCAAAGGUUUGAAGGACGCGUGAUUCCCGCGCUUAGCUGCUGGGGUAUGUCAGAGAUUCAAGCUAAGAUGCGAGAUUCCAGCUUCGAAUUACGACGUGCGCAAUGUGUCCGCCGAGCACUUAGUGCUCGAGGCUUCACGAGGCCCCGCCAAGAAUUAAGCGAAACUCAUUUGAACGAAAUUCUUUGCCACGCACUCACAGAAGCCAUACGAAGCAAGGAUCCACGUAUACAGUUUGCGCGCAGAGUUGAGCUCUGUAUGCAUGAAAUGCACAUAAAUACUCAGUUAAACAUUACAUUAAAUCUGGAGGAUAUAAAACUGGAGUGUAUGCAAAAGCAUAAGUCCACUUCAAUGAAACCUUCCAUUCGUAACGAGGAACUCGGCGAUGAAUUCAACUUUGGGCACGAGAUGUAUAUCAAUGCUGUGCGCAAAGCGGAUGCCCUGAUCACUGAGAUGAAUCACUGCCUACGAUUCUUUAGCCUAGUUGGAAAGGAAGCGGAAGAGUAUCAAAGCCUUGAAGAGUCUUGUAAGAAUCACUCUAUGGUUAACUCAGCAAACCACCUUGAUAACGAAUAUCAGAUGGAUGUUUGCAUUUUCACAAAUUCAACAAAAGGUCGGGUCGCUCAUGAGGACAUAUCUAUUCAGUAUAGCUGCCUCAACCAACUAUUGUCGUCACCUGCAUCUUCCGAAAGAAGCCGCGCCAUUCUUCUUGAUCUGUUUUGGAAUCAAACCCAACCAGUACACAUGGAACGGCAAAUAACGUGCAAAGCACUCAGCGGACGCCCUCGAUGGAUCAAGACUGGAAACGGAUGGGAGCUGACAUGUGAACGACGAAGUAUACUGAAAGCAAAACGACAGACUGAAAUAGAAGACCUUCCUCUGCCAAGACACAACUCUCAACUAACAAACAAGGGCCGUGUUAGAGGAGAUUUUGAUGCAAGUACUGCGCCCUUUGCAGAUACUCCGAUUCCAUUGGAUACUCCCGUCACAUCACACACGGAAAAAUCGCCCACUUUGGUAGCAACUAGUCGCUUUCAAGUAAUGGAAGAGCUAAACCAAUGCAUCCUCGCUAAACUGCGUACCAGUAAUUCCAGAGCUGCGCUUAAGGAACUUGAUAAAGCGCAUCGACAGUGGCAGCUAAAACACUUGAUCUGCUGGAAUAAAUUUAACAACGAUGAAGGACAGGUUUUUAUGAAGAUGAGAAACCAACGAUAUCACAGUGUACCUUCUCUACUGCCUUCUCUUGAGAGCUGAUUAUUUGAAGACUAUUGACGAAGUUUCCUUCUUUCCCCAAAUCCAUUACCGAACUACAAUCUACUUCUCUGCACGCUUGGAAUAAGUAGAGAAAACAAAAACGAUUUCAAAUACAAUUUAGCAUGUUGUACGCAAUACAAAACCAUUGUCUUGUUAUUGCUUUGAAGCUUGUUUACAUCAAUUUUGUUAUAUUGGCAAUAAAUGCACAAAAAGUCCUCUUCUUUUUUGCCUGAUGUUUCACUAUAUUUUAAGCAAUGUAGAGAUAAUGUAUUAGAUUGAAUUAUGGUUAUCAUCUGUGGGUGUCCUACCUUGAUCAGACAACUUAACGAAUCCUUUAGUUGUAGAAUUGUAGGUCCAUGCGCUCGCCACAACCCUUUAUUCAACCAUUCCUUGACCAGAAGUAUCUGUACAGAUCGCUAGCCGCCGUCAAGUAGGCUGAGAAUUUCACUUCUGCUUAGAUACCAGCCCCGCUGUGCAAACAUUGCCGCUAGAAUUUUUCAACCCUCUAUAAAUUUAGCAUUUUAUCAAGUUUAAAAGAUGUGCAGAUUUUUAACCCAGUGAGCCGAAUUGAACUUAAUGAGACGGUAGAACUUGAAUGCCGCCUUUCAGAUCUUACAGUUAACUCUACCCUUCUCUUAGCUUUUCGUAAUGCGUUCUCCACUACCAGUUUUCACACCCCGUUUUUCAUCCUGUUACUUUUUAUAAUUUAUAGUGGGUUUCUCGAAGACUUAUUUGAAAGCUCACUAUGUUGAAUGAGUUCCACAAGUCAUUUAUUCACUAUAGAUAGGUGGGUUUCAUGAUCUACGAUACGCUUUUUAACUGAUAGCAUACAAUUAUUUGGCUGUCGGUGUCAGGCUGCUUUCUAAAACCUCCUGCCCAAGGAUGAUGAUGGGGAGGAACAUGUCAGCCUGUGUUAGCUAGUGCAAAUGGCUUCGCUACCGGAUCGGUUACACGUGAGUGGUCUAGAGUUCCAAACGUAGCGUUCCAAAAUAUAUAUUAAUCGCUGAAAACCGUUUUGGUUGAAGCGGAUGCUAUUGUUAUUCCCCUUACUCUACAAUAUGUUUUUUCACAGAGAUGCACACUCGCUACGAAGUAAUUUUUUAUGCACUGUCUCCAUUACCGUAGAGUUGCACUAUUAUACACGCAGCACUUCUUGCAUAUCUUUUGCGAAUUGUGUGACUUCAAAACCCUGCCUGACGAAUAACUACGAAAGAACUAAUUACAUUAAUUAUAUCCGCAACUGUUUAUUUUUAAAACCUUGAUUGCUUUAGUAACCCCGCUUGUGUUAUCGGGGUUUUUUGGGAAUUUGCUGAAAUAAGUACGUUCCUUCCGGAUAAACGAGAACGAUGCCCAACGGCAUUUGAUGUCGAGACCCUUCUUAAUACUUGUAUUCAGGCUAUUCAGAGCCAUUUUUAUACUUUUUGUAUACCAAACAUCUUAUGAAGAGUAUGACGUGUACUAAAGCACGUGCUAGAGUAUAGUUUGUCAGCGAUCUGAGGCCGUAUUUGCUGGCAUAAUUAGAUUUCUUCUCCUUUUGAGUCUAACAUCCGGUAUUGCCGUUUGGAAUUCCAUAGAAAUGAAGUGUGUCUAUACGCGGGUUCGAACUUAAAUUUACAACUAGACCUAAAAUUGAACCUAGAAUUCUAUCUCUUUUAAGCGUUUCCGUUUUUACUAUUUCAACGUACUUUUUUCUUAGGGAAUCUGAAACGAAUGCCGUUCAGCAGAUCUACUUUUAGCUAAAAGAGGUUCAUAUGCUUUUCUUUUACGAUGCAACUGCGUAUGCAUGCAUAAAUGUCUACAAUACAUUUCAAUUUCCGGAACUUACCGGCCAGUAUUUUAAUUGGGACAAGGCUUAUUGUGCAAAAACUCGUGGACCUCAGAAUUAGGUUUGUUAACUCAUUGCGUUUACCGAAUAAGUGAAUUACAUUCUAACUAGGCAUUCGAUCAUCUGGAGUUGGAUUCUCGGACUGCUUGCUUUGGAGCCCCUUCCUACAUAUAUAAGCUUCUACGGUGCGCUUCAUAUAUAUAUAUAUAUAUAUAUGUCCUUCUUUCGCCCUACUUAAUUAAUUACAGGCACCUGAAAUAAAUGUGAACCGCUCCACUGUCCGAUCUUCCAUGAGUGCUUUUAUUACCAGAGAUUUGUGAGAAAUCAUGCUGUUAUCGCUGGCACAAGAAUCCUAACGGACGCUACACAAGGCAGGGCUGGAAUCCCCACCGCAAUAACGCAUUAACUGAUGAUCAUUUUAAAGCCACUGUACUCUUAGAUACCGGCACCUCGUCCCCGGUACCCACAUGUCUUUAGGUCGGGAGCCAAACCUGCUUGAAGUGUGAGGCCUUUCUGGUAAAUAGUUCCAGACAAAACAGCUCCGUAUGAGCUCACCCAUGCUAAUGUCAUAAAACUAGCAAAAGUGACAGAUUGCACCGAAUAUUGUACGUUAGUUAAAAACAAUAAAGGGCUAGGGGCUAAGUACGAAGGUCUAGCUUAAGUUAUACUUCAUCAAGCGCUGGUCACUCGAUAUACACAAAGUAAACAAAUGCUUUUUUCCGGGUCUUAUCAAGGUUGAACCACUGGGAAACCUGAACUUUUCCUUUAGAAAACGUUCUCGAAGGUCUCCUUAAACCUUUGCCCCGUGUCGGGCUUGUGGUCCUACCAUAGCCGCGCAGCUUUUUUCGGGUACAGCCUAAUUCUCCGCAUUAUUUGGUGCUCAAGCUAUACGACGCUCUCGUCAAUUUACUUUUUCGGUCUGCUGCAAACCUAAGCCACCCCGCUGCAUCCAAGCCUUGGGUAACUUCCGCCAGGCUGCGGACGACUUUGACCAUCCCAUAACGCUACUACCAAGUUGGCACGUGUCAGUUGUUUCAUUGUUGGUCGAACAAGACUAGAUAAAAAUCAAAUAUUACUUAAAGUUUAAUCGUUAUGCACUUGCAGUUCAGCAUGUCUACUACCAUUCUGACCGAAUGAACCUAAUUUCCCACAGACUCAAAAAAAAUUUGAUUUUCAAAAGGUAACGGUAAUGUUUUUUAUGCUAGCUAGGCCUACUGGAAUCCCACUAGGGCCCUAACUAUAAUUGCAAAUUCGAAAAAAUGAUCCAGAAAUUCUACUGCUGAUUGUUAUUAUCGUCCCUGUAUAAAUAGCACCCCAAACCGAAGUGGUAUAAAAUCUUGGUACAGAUUUCUGUUUUUCAAUUCGGUGUCUCCUUGCAACGAAACCCGUAGAUGCAGUUAUUGCGCAAUAGGUAAGUGACAAAAUGGACACCAUAUUAGAUGUGAAGGAGUCUUGGGAAUCUUGUUCAACACCUCGCUCUGUUUUUCACAGAGGCCCUGAUUGAAAAGUAAAUGCUUUUGCAGUUUGCGCUCAUGAACUCUUAUAGAGUCACAGCAAAUAGUCUGAGGUUAUAAACAUCGAUAUUCCAUUGAACUGUACUGCGGUACGAUGUAUUUCAUUCUACGCCACAUAUUUGAUAGUGACAUCGUAUUAAAAAUAUAAGCACAAAGAAAACGUCAGUACAGCCAUUGAUACGCCUUGGCUGGGAUCGACCCGCAACGACGAUUAUCGUUGCGCAUAAUUUCAGUCUUCUCAUGAUUACAAAGAUAAGCAUUUUUCGUUUUAAUUAUUCCGAAAUGGAUAAAAUGUACUGCAGGGAAUACUGUACAAUCCAAGCAUUCUGUAGAUGCAUCAGGUAUAAAACAUUCUCUUUAGGAGCAUGUGUUUGCGUGUUACCGGUCUACAUGAAGCUUUCUCUAUCCUACAUGUAUCCCUUUGGUAUUAUUGGUAUAUUGAUAGUGUUUGUAUUAUAAAAAUUGGCCAGGCAUUUAAUAGCCUGAUGUUUCGGAUCGUCAUUACCGCCGUAUCCUUCACCUCUGCAGUUCAAGUGGGCGCGUUCAUAAAUCAGGUUUUAUUAGAGCAGUGCUCGCUCAAUUUAGAAGGAUCGCACUUCGAUAGCUGCGUGACUCAAACUCAAAUGCCUUGUUGUACAGGAGUUUUCUAUAGGAAAAAUUCUGUUGAGCCUUUGUCGGCUAAUUGCGCGAAUUCGAACACACAGCUUAUGCAGAACUUGUUGACAAUAUCACAGUUCCCAUAGUCUCAGACAUCACAGGACGACGUUUUGCAUACGGGAUCUUCAAUGAACUAAAGGUAGUUUAGUAGUAGUAAACGAGAACUAUAAAACAGGUGAGAGCACAAAUGAACGUGUAGAGAUUCGUAUGGUUGACUGAAUUAUCUGAUUACGUAGGUUACUU